AUGUCGCGGGCCUGGAUCACGACACUUACAAAUUUCAAACAAGACUACAUAGACACUCCAAUACUCGAAAUGAUUGACAAUCCCAGCCCCACGUGGCAAGCCAUUGGUGCAGCACACGACAAAUACAUCCGUCCAAACAUCACAGUACUUUUCAUCCUCGCCAUGAUCCUCAACUUCGCCAUCGCGUGGAACUUUCUCUACACGAAGGAUCGAGAACUAGCUCUGCAAUGUCACACCAUUCAGCGCAUCAUGGAUGAGCCAUCUGGUCCGGAAAGAGAUGAACUGAUCAUGGAUAUUUGUGUCGAGUUGAAUGAUCUGUAUAUGAAAAGGGUGGGGCUUCAGAGAUGGAGGGGAGAGUUGCUUAUGGAGAUUCCGGGGGUAGAGAAGCAUUGGGAGAAGAAACAUCCCGGGUGGCGGAGGCGUAAAUACGAUUUCCCGGGGGAAAGAUUCGAUAAGUUUGAUCUGACGAUUCUUCCUGUUUCGAGACGUGUCGAGAGACGCCUGCCUAGGCUUGUUCAGUCAGAUGGUUUGAAAGGGGAGAAGGCCCAGCUUCCUGAAAAAAAAUAUGAUGUGAGAAAAGAAAGACAAAGCUGCUACGACGCCGGUACACACACAGUCUGUUAG